AUGCAUCGGUCAAACUACGCUCUUCCCGGGCUAGGGAUCUCAGUCUGCACCUUUACACUCAUUCUUGCAGCAUGGCAUCUUUUCUUCUCCGGUGACAAAUGGCGUAGCAUACCCCAAAAAGUGGGAUUAGGAGAUGUCAUUCACUCAAGACCAUCUUCAGCAGCCUCUUAUUAUAUGCCGGAUGGGUCUGCACCACCAUUCAAUAUCAGUGAAUUUGUGUCUGGUAUUCCCAAGAAGCAAGGAUCGCCUUACUCCAAGACAUUGGUUAUGGCGAAAACAAAGGAGGAAAAUACUACAUGGACUGAGACGAAACUCAAUGGCUCCGGUUGGGAUGUGUCCAUAUACGUGGUCGAUGAUCCCAGAGCGCCGUUACAUCCACCGAAAAAUAAAGGACAUGAAGCCAUGGUUUAUUUGACUUAUAUCAUUGAUAACUACGAUAACUUGCCGGAUAUCAUGGCAUUCAUGCAUGCGCAUCAAUUCGCGUGGCACAAUGAAGAAAUCUUUGAAUUUGACGCAGCUGAGAUGCUGCGUCGUCUGAGUCUCGAAAGAGUCACUCGUGAAGGAUACAUGAACAUGCGUUGCUAUUGGUCACCCGGAUGUCCCAAUUGGCUCAAACCAGGCGCAAUCGAUGAGGACCUCGACAAAAAGGAAGAAAGGCUCAUAGCCAAAGCUUGGAGUGAGAUUUUUCCAAAUAUGGAUAUUCCCCAGGUUCUCGCACAACCGUGUUGUGCACAGUUUGCGCUAUCGAGAGAACGAGUACGAACGAUUCCGCGUGAGAGAUUUCUGCAUUAUCGCCAGUGGUUGAUAAAUACCGACCUGCGGGAUACGAUGUCUGGCAGGGUAUUGGAGUAUAUUUGGCAUUUGGUUUUUACUGGACAGGAGGUAUCUUGUCCAUCGCAGAACGCUUGUCUUUGCGAUGGAUUUGGGAUAUGUUUUGGUGGAGAGAAUGAAGUAAAUUAUUAUUAUCAAACACUGUGGAGGAUCCGUGACGCCAACAAUGAGCUUAAGAAAUGGCAAGAGGCAGAUGGAGCAUUGGAUGAAGAUGCUCGUAUAAGACUGAGCUUGGAUGAGUUGGCAGAUGCGCAACCGUCAGAAAACGAUAGUCAAGGUAUUUUGUUGACGGCUGAAGUUGAGGAAAAGACUGCUGAGUUGGCACGGUUGAAGAAGGAAGCAUUCAAGAGGGGUGAGGAUCCGGUAUAUCGAGCAUGGGCGGCUGGACGUCAGUCCAAGCCUGGUGAUGGCGCCUACGGACUCAGCUGCGGACAUUCAACGACUCAUAACAAUGUCAUGUUUCAUCUGGGCACUACGUUGGGCCUAGAGGAGGGAAUGUUCAAGGUCUGUGUACCGAUCUUGAUGGCGCCGGAUCUAUCAAUCAUGAAGAUAAGUCCGGUGAAGUCUCGAUCCGCUCAGCAGAACAGUCAUGGACCUUGCAUGUAUGCCACUGAAUUACAAAGCGAUGCAACCACAUCGAAUCUGCAAUGGCCGACUUGGCUCUAG